AUGCAAAGGACCGUCGUUACCAUCAACAGCAAUGGCCGCCAAUCGGCGAGCUUCAUUCGCGUGGCCGCCGCACUAGGAUGGCAAGUACGAGCGCAGAUGCGAGACUUGAACGGAAUAGUUGCGCGGGAGCUGUCGGAAUUGGACAAUGUUACUGUCUAUAUUGGCGCGCUGGAAGACAAGAAAUUUCUCGACGAUCUGUUCAAGAGCGCGCAAUGCGCAUUCAUAAAUACCACGCACUGGGGAGACGAGGUUUCGAUUGGUCGAUCGCUUGCCGAUGCCGCAAAGAAGGCCGGAAUCCAACACUACAUCUACUCUAGCAUGCCCGACCACUCUGUCUUUGGCAACAACUGGAGAUCACUACCACUAUGGGCACCCAAGUUCACCGUCGAACAGUACAUUCGCCAAAUCGGCCUGCCAGCAACCUUUGUUUACUGCGGCAUCUACCACAACAACUUUACCGGUCUCGACUUCCCGCUAUUCCGCAUGGAGCACCAGUACGAUGGAAGUUUCGUCUGGCAAGCACCAUUCCACCCAGAUCAGCCUCUGCCCUGGUUGGACUCGGAACAUGAUAUAGGACCAGCUAUUUACCAACUAUUUAAGGAAGGUCCACGAAAGUGGAAUGGCAAGCGGAUUCCGCUUGCAUUUGCGUCAAUGACCCCGAGAGAAGUCUGUAAAGCAUUCAGUACGGGCCUCCGGAGACCAGUCCGCUACAAGCGGGGCCCCAUAAUGAUCAACGUGCCCACACCCACAGGCUAUCGGGAGCACCUUUCCGCGCUGGAGUACACACUGGGCGAGAAGGGCGCACCGUACUUUGGACCCGACCUUGAGCCAGACGUUCCCAAGGUAUCCCUUGAACUGUGGGAGGGAAACCGAUCCAUGGAGGAAUAUGCCCAGGAGGUGUUCCCUGUGGAAGAGGCUGCCAACGGUCUCACUUGGAUGGAAGAGGUAGAGACGCCUAGGAGAGAGAUCGAGAUCGACUUUGAACAGAUCAAUUGCUGA